UUUGAGACUCGAAAUGAAUAGUCUUCAAGUCUGCUGCGGGGAGUUCAUCCGAAUAAUCCUCUUUGUUCUGAACUUCAUAUUCUGGGCUGCUGGAGGAGUGAUUUUGGGAGUGGGAAUCUAUGUAAAGGUACAACUGGAGGAUCUCAAGCACAUUGAAGUAUCACAUGACACCCUCCAGACAUCAGCGCUCUUCCUCAUUUCUCUAGGCUGCAUCGUCUUCGUAGUCGGUCUGCUCGGCUGCUGCGGUUCCUUGACCCAAAACAGAUGUAUGCUCCUGCUGUACUUCUCUCUGGUAACCCUCAUCUUCAUCGGAGAGAUCGCCCUUGCUAUCGCAGUCUACGCAAACAAGGACUCCGUCACCAAAUCCAUCAAGGAACAGUUCGGGGACUGUAUGGAUAAAUACAACAACCAGACCGAGCCGAUCUGCCAAGACACCAUUGACACUCUGCAGUCCGUCCUGAAGUGUUGUGGUGUGGAAGGUCCCUCUGAUUGGUCGGCUCGAAAUUACACCGCUCCCCCGACUUCUUGCUGCAAGGACAACGCCACCUGUGAUUACGCUUCUGCCUACCAAGAGGGAUGCUACCCUACCAUUAACACUUUCGUGAACACCAACGCCAAGUACAUCGGAUUCGGAGUUCUGGGUGUUGCUAUUGUGGAACUCCUAGGAAUGGCUCUCGCUUGUUACCUUCGGUCGUUCAUCAUUAAGAGGACAGAAUAUGAGCAGCCCCAUGCCGCUUAGUUAGGACCUACAUAAUGAAGAGGGACGAGUAUGAACCCUACACAGUAUAAUACGGGAACACAUAGUAACCAUAGUAACCAUAGCAACCAUAGUAACCAUAGUAACACAGGAUACCUUCGCACAGCUCAAUACUCGGGCUCUAUAAAUGACAAUUUCUAGGUGUUGAUUUCUUUCAGACUGAACUCCUUAAUUUUAAAAUGUUUGCGCUUUUAGUUUCAUAACUGUUUUUACUUGUCUUCGAUACAUCUCUACAUGUCGUCAAAUAGCGAUUUCUGGGUUGUCUGGCGAUUUAUCAAAAACCGAGUUGUUUCUUUUGAUCACAAAAUAUACUUGUUGGCAUGAUUGUUUCAAUAUCAUUAUAUGAUUAUACAUUUUUUAUCCCCAUUUUAUACCAGCAAUUUAACUAGUAAUUAAUAAGAACUCUUGGCGGACUAAUACCCUGAUGAUAAUUUUUACGUAAAUAUAAUUUUUUAAAUCGUAUUUUUAUAAUCAUAUUCAUUGUAAAAUCUAAAAUUGGGUGCAUUGUAAAAUUGUUAAAACAUCUUA